CCGCAACGGUUGUCACUUCUAGCGCUCUUUUGCGAGGUUAAACGAAAUUUCCAAGCGGCUUGCAAAAAAGUACAGUGCUAGUUGAUAUUCGCAAUAACUUGAAAUACAUAUACAUAUACUUGAAAUAUUUAAACGUGUAAAUUAUGGCAAUGGCUAGUUUCAAUUUCGCCAGUAUGGCUGCACAGGAGAGCUUAGAGCAAGGCAUUUCAUUUCAGGACAAAGCUGAAACAUGGGACACCGCAGAGCAUGUGAAGGCUGUUGUCGAUGAGCUUAACACCAAGUCACCGGUACAUUUCCUUAAUCUCGACGGUAACACACUCGGCGUGGACGCGGCAAAAGCCAUUGGCGAUGCUUUGAAGCAACAUCCGGAAUUUCGAAAGGCGCUGUGGAAGAACCUGUUCACGCGUCGUCUUAAAUCCGAAAUACCAUUGGCCCUAAAGCAUCUGGGAGCUGGCCUGAUAGCUGCCGGUGCCAAGUUGACGGUGCUCGAUUUGAGUGACAAUGCGCUAGGACCCAAUGGCAUGAAGGGUCUGGAGGAAUUCCUGCGCUCUCCCGUGUUGUAUUCGCUCCAGGAGUUGUAUCUAAACAACUGCGGCCUGGGACCCGAGGGUGGACGCAUGCUUUCCGAGGCUCUGCUGGACCUGCAUCAAAAUGCCAAGGUCGCCGGUUCCCCUCUGCAGCUGCGCAUCUUUGUGGCUGGCCGCAAUCGCUUGGAGAACGUUGGCGCCAAGGCGAUUGCUAAAACGUUUAAAACAUUGCAAACUCUGGAGGAGAUCAGCAUGCCACAGAAUUCCAUUUACCAUGUGGGUAUAAGUGCGCUCGCCGAGGGCUUUAAACUGAAUCCUCAUUUGCGCCUGCUCAACAUGAACGACAACACGCUAAGCGUCAAAGGCUCGGCCAAAAUUGCCGAAGUAUUUGAAUACACACCCCUUUUGCGAGAAAUCAAUUUCGGCGACUGCUUAAUAAAAACUGACGGCGCCUAUCUAUUUGCUGAGGCCUUAGAAUCGAAGCAUGAAAAUCUAGAAGUUCUCGAUUUGGGUUUCAACGAAAUCAACUACGAUGGUGGUCUGAUGAUAAUUACGGCCAUACAGAACAAGCCAAAGCUAAGAGUUCUCAACUUGGACGGUAAUUGCUUUGGUCAAGAGGGAUGCUCGCAAAUUGUCGCCCAAAUGCAGAAAAGCCUGAAUCCAAAUGCAUUGCAGUCCUUGGAAGAGGUUGUUUCCGAAGAAGAGGGCGAGGCAAGUGGUGGGGAGGAUGAUGGCGACCAGCAGGGCGAUGACAAUGAUACUGUCGAAUAUGCUGACGACGAUUAUGAUGAAAAUGAUGAAGACGAUGAUGGCGAGUACGAUCCCAAUGACACCACCGAGGAGGUUGAUGAAGAUGAUGACGAGUAUGCUAAUGAUAAUUCAGCUGAAGAGACGGCAUAUGUCACAACAAAUACCUUUCCGCCCAAGCUAUUUAAUGACACCGUCAGCUCCAAUAAAGGCAGCAACACGUUUGCGCUUGCUAACAACGGUAACACAACUGACUUCAACACAAGCUGUACUCCAGAAGAGUUUUGCUUGAGCCAAACGCCGUGCACAAUGCAGCAGUUUAAUUCCCUGGAUGCAAGUAAUAAACUACAGGCACUCCAAAACAUAAUUAAUCAAUUCACCGAUGACAAUCAUUUGCUUCUGUUGAUCUUUACCACGCUGAAGUGUGCACAUCUGUCCAAAACAUCGAAGCCGGCAUUGGAUCUGGCCAUUUCACUCUACCAGGCCACCUUUGACUAUGCGAUCAAAACGAAGCAGGAGACUCGCGUAUUGGACUAUUAUUUGAAGCAACUGGGUCUGCUGCGAAGUGAGGAGCACUUUAACUCAGACUACGAUGUCAAAAGCUGUCGCUACGCUCUGCGCGAGGCUUUGACAAAACAACAGUUUGCCAAUGAUAAUAUUAAAAAUACAUUUCAACUAUUUCUGGAUAAACUUGAUGUGUAACUGGUACAUUUCCAUUAUUAUUUCUUCAAGUUGGCGCUUAUCUUUAGAAUUCGCCUGUCCUACUAAAUAGAAGUACGAGCAAUUAAAGAUGGAAAUGCAUAAACUAUUUAAAUAAAUAAGUUUCUUGUAAAUUAA